GUAUAAGAUGAUUUUGUAUCGUAUUUGAGGAAAAUUUGACGAAAAAAUUAGGUUUUAAUGAUAGAUUUACAGUUGAAAGUCAAUAAAUUCUUUGCAGAGCGCGGAUCAGCUGAGAGAAACACGUCCAAAACUCAUCAUACCAAUACGAUGUCAUGAUUAGGGCUAAAAAACUGUAAAACUUUAUUUUUUCUCGUAGAGAUUAUGAUCAAUAUUUUCGUUGUAUAGCCUGAAUUCUUCGCCAGAGUAAUGCUCUCAAAGACAACUAAAUUUCUCUCAAUCCUCAGAUAAAGAGGUCUUUUCAUUCAAUUAAAAACUAAUCGCUCCAUCGUAUAAUUUGAAUAUUUUCUGGCCAUCUUGCAUUGCAAUCAAUAUUGCAGCUUCAAGUUGAAUCAUGGAUAACAAAUUUUGUUAUUUUAUAGUAACCUUACAUUUCUUCUAUCUACCUUACUAUUGAAAAGACCAAAAUGCUUUUAUUUAGAUUAUUCUCUGUCAAAAAAUUUUAAUCUUGUAAUAUGAACGUGGCAGCAAAGUUCUUGAUUUUAGUUUCUGUUGAAGCAACGUCGAGAGGUAAAAUAAUUAUGUUACAAAGUGAUAUUACGUAAGAGAACAUAGAACAGAUCCAAUGCACUCAUAUGCUUAAUUUCUAUAUUUUGUUUAAUCGUUAUAGAAAUUUAUAUUUAGUUUCCAAAAAAAGUUUAAAACUGUAACGGAUGAUGAGAACGUAUUUAGCAUUGGCAUAGACUAACGAUUAAUCAAAAAAUCUCAUUUGCUAUGUACAAAAUAAUCAAUAUCAUUAUUUAUCAUAUGGUAACAUGUAAGAUCAUCUGAUCAUAUCUGAUUUUCUCAUUUACUUAUUAUAGAGGGAAAGAAACAGAGAGUGUUAGUUAGAUAAAGAGAGAGUGCGUGUGUUGGACUCUCGGCAUUUUGUGCGAAAUUAAAAAUGAACCAUGUAUAUUAUUAACCAAUUAAGUAGCAAAUUAUUUACAGGUACAAUUUCUUUUUAGACUCUAUAGUUAAUCUUUAACUAUAAUAAAUUUCUAGAAUGUCUACAAAAGUGACUUACAAUCUCGUGACAAUUUUAAACCGAAAAUUUGUUACAGUUUCAAGUAACCAUCUCUGCAGUUGGAAAUGGCUGGCGCCAAAGAUCAAUUGUUAUUCUCAUUUGAAUUGUUCUCACGAAUAAAAGAAAGCUUUGUCUAAUUCAAUUACACAUAACUUCAUUUACGUUGCGCAUUAAAUGCGGAAUGUGUGAAGAAAAAGCUGUACAAGAUCAAUUUUUCAAGUCUUUAUGAAAGAAAUAUCAACAUCAUCUAAUAAUUCCAUCACGUCCACGAUAUCAUGCUCAAAAAGUACAUUAACAACACCACCACUAUCUUUAUCAUAUUUACAUCAAGAUCCACAAAAUAUACUUGAUUCAAACAAUAACUAUCAUCCAAAAAGCACCCAUUUUCCUUAUCGAAAUGCUUAUCUAGAUCACUAUCACCAGCAACAACAACAGUUUCACCUUCGUCAACAAAAACGUUCAAUAACAACAGCAUGUCAAAAUGGAGAUGGAUAUUCGAUACUCCGACGUUGGAUUAGACGUCUUCUCAUUCCACAGAGUAGACGAAUGGCAUUAUCUGCUUGUCACAGACUGUCGACACCGACAACAACCACAGCAUCAACCGAUGAAACAUUAGUAUCGACGUUAUCAACCAGCACUAUCACAAUUUCACCCACCACCACACAAAAUAAGAAUGCAUCAGAAAAAGACCUUAUUGGAACAUCGACGGCGAUGACCAAAUUGUACAAAUAUGCUCAUGAAACAGAAAUACGAUCAUUUGUUGAAAAUGGUGUUAUACGAGCCUAUACGGCAUCCACAGAACGUGCGAUUUUAGCCCAACGAAAAAUAUUUUUAAGAAAAAAAUUAGGUGAAGGAAGUUUUUCUAGUGUGCGCGAGGGAUUUGAUUUACUUCACCAACACAAAGUAGCUAUUAAAGUUGUUGAUACCCAACGAGCAUCAAGAGAUUUUCAAGAAAAAUUUCUUCCCCGAGAACUUGACAUUUGGCCACGCGUAUCACACCAGAAUAUUAUCAAAAUGUACGAUCAUUUUAUUGAAUGUGGCAAAAUAUUCAUGGUAUUAGAAUAUGCUAGUGGUGGUGAUCUACUCGCCUAUGUCCAAAAAGUGGGUGCCGUUCCGGAAAAUAAACGAACGUUAUGGUCGUAUCAAUUGUGUAACGCUGUCAAGUAUUUACAUGAUACCGAAAUCGUACACCGAGAUUUGAAAUUAGAAAAUUUAUUAUUAGAUUCACAACAAAAUAUGAAAUUAUGUGAUUUUGGAUUUUCUAAAGAUGUUCUCAAGUGUCAAGAAUAUUUAAGUCGUACGUAUUGUGGAUCACGUGCUUAUGUAUCACCAGAAAUUCUAUUGGGAUUACCUUACAAUCCAAAAUCAGCAGAUGUGUGGGCAAUAGGUAUAUAUUUACUAUUGUUAUUUCUCUUAGGUGUUAUUAUAUACAUAUUUGUCACCGGAGUGAUGCCAUUCAAAGAAGAUAAGAAUAAUCAGAUGAUAUUGAAACAACAUCAAAAAUUGGCAUUACAUUGGAAUAAUCCAUUGCACGAACGUGAACAAGCAGCACGUGAAUUAAUUCUUGGCAUAUUCACAUAUGACUGGCAAAAACGACCUAAUAUUCAACAGGUAAUUGCCCAUACCUGGUUUGUCAACAUGGACCCUGUACCCAUUCAACGGACAAGUCGAACAGCCAUUAAAAGAAAAAGUCGGUCGUCAUAG